AUGAACAAUCAGCUAGAAUCAAGAGAAGCUGAAGUAGCUGAAUUAUCGAACUGUCUGGCCCGUCUAACGAUCGAAGCAGAGGAUCGUGGUGCGGCUGCUGAGGAACUUGCUCGCCAAAAAGCUGAUCAAGAAUUAAAGCUUGAAGAAAUGCGACGUGAACUGGAAGCAAAGGAUGAAUUACUCCGGGCCAAAUCGAACGAGCUCCUUCGCGCUUGCCUGAAGCACUACGAGAUCGAACAGGAGCUUGCCUUCUAUAAAAUCGACAAUAAACUUGCAGGGUUCCUUGGCAAGCCACCGGACCCAAACGUUGGCGGUGGCAGUCUUAGCCAACUGAACGGAGAUGUGAGUCGCCCCACGACGGAUGAAAGCCCUUACCUCGGAAAGUGUCGAUACAUUCGCGUCCCCGGGGCCUCUUUUAACUUCCACAAGGACGCAACUUUGCCCGACACAACACCAACGCACACAAAUUACUCAAACACUUUUCCGCGACCGGAGAACAACUUCAAUGGACACACGGAUCCAAGGCAGGCGAGAUCUAGUGACUUCACCUCGUCUCUACCACGGCCAAACACGCUGCUACCGUCGCCACACAGCGACCCCCCUGAUAAUAAGGACGCAACCGACAGCACGACGUCUUCAGGUGACUUCUCUGAACACUCAGAAGAACUGAAAACGAUAUCCAAAACGACACCCAUGACCUCCUCCACACCACUGAAACCCUACACAUCAGGACUGGAGAAUGAGACGUCGUCUCUGGCCAAAAGCAACUGCCAUAAUUCUGUGACAAUGCCCUAUUUUGGCACUUCGCCAGAGCCAGAAGAUUUCAUGGAUGCAUCGCCGCCAUCCUGGUCCCAUGGUGCUUCGGUGAUUAACGUUGGGUCGCCUUGCUCAUCGGCCAAUCAAAAGUCUCAGCCUCGCUCUACCGUGCGAAUUCAGUGCGAUUCUGGCAUCGAAACACCAAUGACAACGGGGAAUUUAUGCGGGAACGAAAGCAGCCUCGACGACGGCCGAAUUGAGUCUCUACCUGGAUCCCCACGAGGGGAAGCCACUUGCCCCGACUUCAUGCCACAAUGCAAGGACAGCUCGACCCAAGUGUCGAUUUGCCAAACCCCCCAACUGAACUCCUCAAGGUGCCAGACGGACUCCCCGACCAAUGAUUCGACUCACCGCCAAUGGCAAGAGAGGACAAAGCAGCGUCUGACAAAGACGUCUGCACAACAGUCCACUGAAAGUAUCCAUGCCAUGGCCAUGUUUAACGCACACGACCUCAAAACCAUGAAAAAGGAGCUGGCUCGAUUGCAGGAGGCGGUUCGAAUGUCGGCGGCCGAACGAAAUAGACUCGCAUCUGAGACCGGUUCUGACGAAGCUGCUCGUCACAAGAUGUCCCAGGACAUGGAAUUCGCCUCUACUGCCUCUGAGUCCAUUUCCGACCAAUCACAACGCGGAACCCAAGCCAAAUCGCGUUCUGCUAAACCCCCUACUCCGCGUCGCCAGCGACCACCCCACGUGUCCUGUUCGUGGAAUGAUGGCGAUCAAACUGAGGAUUCAUUUGUCUUCGACUUUGCGCGACGACCUAACUGCAAAGUGCCAACCAGUCGCAAUCACGCCUUCUUGCGUGGUGCUUCAUCUGCCGUGGAUAUACGCAAGCCAGCCCACAGGGUGUCUACGGGAUGCCUCCGACACCGUGGCAAGUCCAUGGAGGUGCUCUCAGUGAACACGCCCCUGGAUCUGCAGCUGCUCUACAACCUCCAGGAUGAAUUGUGCGACUUGCAUGACCGGUUGCAGUAUUCGGAAAACGCCAACGCUUCAAGGCUGGAGGAAGCGAUCCGCCACAUUUCUCUCUUGGACAAUGAACUCCGAAGACGCGGUCGUCGUGACAGCCCAAGUGACCGACUAUGGCAGAGUCAACUUGCGGAAGGUCUAGAGGAGAUGCGGCGAUGUCGAGACAGCAUCCUGGACCUACAGCGAAAGUUGACGCACGAAAAACCUCCCCUCUCACAGGAUCGUCAAGGACGCAAGGAUGACAUUGAGGAGAUGCGGAGCACCAUAAAUUCGCAGGAGAGGGAGCUCUCGAAGUUAACCAAAAUCGUCACUCGAUUAACCAACGGUGGACACGGUGCCCCUGCGGUUCUCGAGACCUCGGCUGGUGGUGACGUCACCGACGUAGCUCGUGGUGUCCCCACGGCGCGGCUCCUGUGCAAUGUCGUCGAACAUCACAACCUGGAGGACUACGUUCAACACCUUCAGGACACGAUCGACAAUCUGCGGCAGCACCUACAGCAGAAAAGGGCCGCUGUGAAGGAGCUAAAGACAUCAUCCACGGAAUUGCGGACCCACUUAAAGGAAAGAGAUAAUGAGCUGAGUCGCGUUAAUAGUGAACUCCUGGCCAGUAAAGAAGAACUUCUGCGAGCGAAUGAGAAAAUGAAGUCACUCAUUUCUGAAAGAUCUAUGCGUGGCGAUGCUCUUGACCGUCAAAAAGCAGAUUCGCGGCGUCUUGAGUCGAAGAUCGCCGAUUUGACUAACCACCUUGGUGUUUUACGUGCAGAGGUCGCUGAGGUCGAACGCCAGAAAGAUCGGCGAUCGGAGGAAUUGGCCGAGAUUUCUCGCCGUGUCGACGAAAAACGCUCUCAGGCUUUUUCAGCCUGCCCUACUGACACAGACGCCAAUCUGCACUCGGACAGUCUACGGUCCGUUUCUCCCAAACUCGAACUGGACCAGUUGCGUCCAAAGAUUGCAGAGGCCAAGGCGAGGAUGGAAACUCUUUCCCGCGAAAUCGGCGUUCGAACAGCUGAACUGGAGCUGCUGAACUCGAAGAAGUCGCAGGAGGCCCGGCUUGCUCAAGUCCAGCUUGAAAACACACAACGGGAACUGCAACAGAAAUUAAAUGAACUCAAGGCCGUCAAGGACGAGUUGUCAUUGGCCCGUCAAGAACUGGAACGUGUGGCGUCCGAACGUCAUUCCACGCAACAAACUGGCUCUCUGCACCAAACGUCCGGUACUGUUCCUGGCAUGCCUACUAACCCCACUGACCUCGCGCAGCAAUUGCAGACACUUCAAGGCGACAUUGCAAGGCGAGUGGAUGAGCUAUCGCGUCUGGACUCACAAAAGGUGGCCAAGAAGGACGAACUAGCCCAGCUGGAGAAGUUGAUCACUGAGGCCAAAGACGAGCUCACCUUGACCAGAACGAGGGGCCAAAACGCAGAAGCUCAAUUGGCCUUGAACCGGCAAAAAUGCGAACUUUUGAAGGGUCAGCUUGAGGCGUUUGAAGCCAGUGUUGAGGUCAAGCAGAAAUUGAUCUCCGAUCUCUGCGCAUCCUCGGAGUCACGCGUUUCGGCCAUGGCAGCUGAGAUCAGACGCCUCUUGACUUCGGCUGAACAACUGGCCAAUGAGAGGACGACUCUAAAGGCCGAAUUAGCCCAACUCAAACAGCAGGUGCAAGCACGCACGUCGGAGUUGCAGGGGCUUGAGGAAGAAAUAAAAUCAUCUCGUCAAGGCCUCGCAAAGACCGCAGCAGCUAACUCUCGGCAAGCUUCCGCAGGCCUCAACGCUAAAAUCUCACGAGCGAGCGAUAAACUGCGAGCGCUCAACGAGACCAAUCCCAGCGAAUUGGACGAGUUGAAUUCGCGGUUAGAGGAGAUGGGAAACCUUCUUAGAGAACGAGAACGCGAAAUUGAGGAUCUGAUAGCCGACAAAACCAAACUCAUCUCCGACCACACCCAGCUGGCGUCGGAGCUGACGGAGACGCGGGCGCAGCUGGACGUGGCGCAGCGCGCCUGCCGGAAGCUCAAACGACGCACCGCCAAGGAGCUGGCGGACCUGGAACGCGUCGCCGAGGAGCAGUGUAACCGAGCAAGCCUCUUUGCAGAGGAGUUGGCCGUGCUCCGACGCAACUACACUUACCUCCAGGCGCGGCCUAUGGAGGCUGUUGUUGACGCCUUCCUUCCCUCCUCCUCUUCUAAGGUUUCCACAUUCGGGACGCUGAUGGACGAAGUGUUUCUGAUUGCUGCGAACGAGGAAGUCUCUGAUCGUGAGCGACGCCUUCAGGAGGCUCUUUCCGUUAUCAAAUCAGAACUCAGAUCUUCUAGUCCUACGGCUAAUGGAAACGAUGUUGACCUUCGACAUUUUGGUGUUCUAGAUACAGCCCGCUUGGCAACUUCACCGAAUGAUGUCGAGUCGGUGCGUCACCAGCAGCGAGAAGAACAGCAACAAUUUUCCGCCCUAGCCAAUCAUGAAGCGACCUUGAACAAAACUAUCCAACCCUCAUCCUCGUCUGGCCUCGCAUCAUAUCUUACUCCACAAUCCUCCUCUGACGAUCGACUUCUCAAUCUACAGGAACAGACAAAACGUCAGGUGCCCGAGCAUCGAUCGAACGUGGGCUGGGAUCGGUCUGUCGAUUUCCGCUGUGAGUUGCAGCGACUCAAACACCAGACUGAGGCCAGCAUGUCGUCCGAUCCUCGUCGAUAA